UUCAAGUCUGAAUUAAAUUUAUGAAAAAAACAAACACUUAUUUCGAUAAGACGGUGAGUGGCACUUCAGAAAAACAAAAGUACUUAUUUCCCCCGAGGCAUAUAAAAGACGCAAUGCAUGGUUAAAAAUGCUCAAUCAAUCGUGUAAACAACAUGUCUGCAAGUUUGAAAUCUCUUCUACUCGUUGCGGCUCUGGUAAUAUCUGCAGUGGCUUUACCCAGGCCACCUGUUUUGGGCGGCGAAGAUGCUAAAGAAAAGCAAUUUCCAUAUCAAGUUUCCAUACAAGCCGAAGGUAGUCAUUUUUGUGGGGGAUCUAUACUCAACGAACGUUAUAUUUUAACAGCCGCCCAUUGCAUGUACGGUGCAACUGACGACGAAGAAUUGGCGGCAUCCUUACUAGUACGUGCUGGCAGUCUAGAUAGGUCAGAGGGUGGUGAUUUAUUAAAAGUGAAACGCGUAGUAGUUCAUGAUGACAAUGCCUAUUUUAAAAAUGAUGUGGCGUUAUUAGAACUUGAUGAACCAUUGAAGUUCUCUGAUCACAUUCAACCAAUAGAAAUGUCGAAAGACGAAGUACUAUCUGGUGCAGAGGUUAUCGUGUCUGGUUGGGGUCUUGCCAAUAACUCCGUUCAUCCCACACAUUUACAAUGGACUACUUUAAAGGCUCUGUCGAGGACAGAGUGCAGUCAAUUCCUAUCCGAAGCAACCUAUAAGCUUGAUAAUAUGAUUUGCUUGGCUCAUAAGGACGAUCAAGGAGUAUGCAAGGGUGACUCAGGGGGUGCCGGUGUCUAUAAUGGCAAACUGGUAGGUGUCGCUAGUUUUGUUGUAAACAGCUGUAAUUCUUCAUCACCCAAUGGCUACGCUAGGGUUUCAAUACAUUAUGAUUGGAUUGUAAGUAAUAUGAAAAAUUGAUUAACAAUGAAAUAAAUAUAUGAAAUAAAAUUAAUACAGUGCAUCAAAUGAACAAUUACAAUUACAUAUCAUAUGUGUGUAUAUGUAUAUAUAAAUAAUCAAAUUCAGGAUAUAUCAUAUUAAACUUGUUAACUUCUGUGUGUUAAAGCAGAAACAGCUUAUUUAAGUCUUCCAUAAUAUGUAGCGGCUCAGAUGUAUUAUUAAUAUUAGUACGUAAUGGAAAGUAAAAUAAAUAAAUAAAAUAUCUUUGGCUAAAAGUAAAUGAUCAACUCAAAUAAAUGGGUAAAGUCUUGAAUAUUUUGCCAACUGAAAA